GAGAGAAACUACUAUAUAAGUACUAGCUGAUGCCGUCCCAAUAACAGUGACCUCUCAUCAUAAAAUAUUCCAACUCCUCAAACUUUAAUCCUACUGUUCAAGCUUAUUACACAUCAACGCAAGACAAAUCCCCAACAUCAAAAUGGCCCACCCAAUCAUCUUCAACGGCAGUCUCGGCUUAGGCCUCAUGCUAGUCGGCCUCGGUCUCAACGCAACCCUCCGCCCAAACGACCAUCUCCAACGCCUCGAAUUUCCCAUCCCCACUGAGCCUCUUGCAAAAAAGUUUAGUCUCGCGCUCAUGAAGAUCUGGGGCGUUCGCAACAUCACUGUCGGCGUGCUGAUCUCGAUCAUCUGGACUACGGGAGAUGAGAACCUAAUGGCCAAGGCUUUGAGCGCAGCGCUGGCUAUGCCGAUCACUGAUGGGUUCGUGAGUCGGAUUAUUAUUGGAGGCGGGGAGACGCAGCAUUGGGUGUUUCCUCCUUUGCUUGUUGUUAUGGCUGCCGGGUUGUUUGGAUUCUUUUGAUAAUGGAUCUUGUAUACCUCCUAUGCGAUAAGCUUUUUAAAUUUUAUACAACAGUCUUGAAAGUAUCGUGCAGUUUGCCUGUGGGGUAUAGCUUCAUUGACUACGCUUUGCCAUCCAAACUACGCACCAC